GAGCCUCCAUUUGUGAGCAAGCAGAACGAUGAGAGCUCUCGCUCCUGUUGCCGCCGCCCAGUAACGAGAAACAUUGAGAACCCGGAGAGUUCCUCGUUUACCAGACAAACCCAGGACCGUACCGAAAUCUCGGAGACAAACCCCAGAGAGACGGACACAAGCUCUCGUUUAGGAGUCGUUAUCUUACACCGUCGCUCGCGGGAUUUAAUGCUCUAGCUGUAGUCGCCGAGAGAGGGAGAGAGAGAGAGAGAGAGAGAGAGAGAGAGAGAGAGAGAGAGAGAGAGACAGCCUAGGAGAAGGACAGGGAAGAAGAGGUAUCUUUUCGAAGGGGGAAAAACGGAUUGCUCGCUAUUUCCGCCGCACCUUUUCACUGUUUUGGAGCAGACGAAGAGCCGAGGUUGGUCUAGUCAUGGGAUGUACACUGAGCGCAGAGGAGAGAGCGGCUUUGGACAGGAGCAAAGCGAUCGAGAAGAACCUGAAGGAGGACGGAAUCACUGCGGCCAAGGAUGUGAAACUGCUCCUGCUAGGGGCUGGCGAGUCCGGGAAAAGCACCAUCGUCAAACAGAUGAAGAUUAUCCAUGAGGAUGGCUUCUCUGGAGAUGACGUGAAGCAGUAUAAGCCUGUGGUGUAUAGCAACACCAUCCAGUCUUUGGCUGCCAUUGUCCGUGCCAUGGAUACCCUCGGCCUGGAGUAUGGGGACAAGGAGCGCAAAGCUGAUGCGAAGAUGGUGUGUGAUGUCGUGAGUCGCAUGGAGGACACUGAGCCCUACUCUCCUGAGCUCCUGACCGCCAUGAUGCGCCUGUGGGCCGAUUCGGGCAUUCAGGAGUGCUUCAGCCGCGCCCGUGAGUACCAGCUCAACGACUCGGCCCAAUACUACCUAGAUAGUUUAGAUAGGAUUGGUGCUGCAGACUACCAGCCCACAGAGCAGGACAUUCUGAGAACCCGAGUGAAGACCACUGGAAUCGUAGAGACCCACUUCACCUUCAAGAACCUGCACUUCAGGCUGUUUGAUGUGGGAGGCCAAAGGUCAGAAAGGAAGAAGUGGAUCCACUGCUUUGAGGAUGUGACCGCCAUCAUCUUCUGUGUGGCUUUAAGUGGUUAUGACCAGGUGCUGCAUGAAGAUGAGACCACGAACCGCAUGCAUGAGUCCUUGAAGCUGUUUGACAGCAUCUGCAACAACAAAUGGUUCACAAACACCUCCAUCAUUCUUUUCCUUAACAAGAAGGACAUAUUUGAGGAGAAAAUAAAGAAAUCGCCUUUAACUAUCUGCUUCCCUGAGUACACAGGGCUGGACACGUUCCUGGAAGCAGUGGCUUACAUCCAGUCACAGUACGAAAGCAAGAACAAGUCCUUCAAUAAGGAGGUGUACGCUCACAUCACCUGCGCCACUGACACCAACAAUAUCCAGUUCGUCUUCGACGCUGUCACUGAUGUCAUCAUCGCCAACAACCUGCGUUUCUGUGGUCUUUACUGAGCCCAGGCCUGCUGUCAGAUCUUUUAUACACCCUUGUUUUAUUCUCUGUGUCUAACUCUCCAGUGACGGACAGCAGAAUGAAAGCUAAUCAAAGAGCCUCCUCUUCAGUCCUAAACAAGGAGAUAAACUCAGUUUAAAGAAUAAGACCCAGCUACUGAUUUAGGCACAGCGUGGAAGUGAAUUCUCACAUCACAUCAUGUUUAUGAAAUGUUUAAACAAGCUGGCACAGGGAAGAGUUAGCAGCUGAAUUCAUUUAAUUACUCUGCUAUCUUUAUCCUGUAAAUGUCGCCUUUUCUGUCCCCAUAAUUGUUUAAUAUUAAAAUUAUCUCAAUCAAAGGUUAAAAUAAUGAACUCAAACAUGGUCAAAUCAUCAGUAAAAUCUUGUUGUCUUGAAAUAUUUUUUCCUUUAUUAAUUUUGAAACACAGCACCUUGUAGCAUUGUUUGCCUUAAAUGGCCGUUAUUGCUGUACCACAUGUAUAUUAGUCUUUUGAGACCAUCUCAUAUUUACAAUUCCAUAGGUGUGUGUGUGUGUGUGUAUGUGUGUGUGUGUGUAUAUAUAUAUAUAUAUAUAUAUAUAUAUAUAUAUAUAUAUAUAUAUAUAUAUAUAUAUAUAUAUAUAUAUAUAUAAAAUAUUGUCAAGACUUGAAUGUUGAUGAAACUCAUUAACUAAAUGGCAUUAAAAGUUUCACCCAACAAAUGAUGCCUUGGGCAAGCUCUACUGCAAUAAUACCGCCGUCUCAACAUUAAAAAACAAUUAAUCGUGAGUAUGCUACUCGGUCAAAUUAUACACUAUACCGGUUUUCAACUACACCUCUUUUGCUGGUUUAUUUGUAUUAUUCCUAUUCAACUUUAAACGCUAAAAGUACAAGGUUUUAUUUCUUCUGUCAGACUGAAGGUACAAUGUGUAUGGUUUUUUUUUUGUUUUUUUUAAAAUCUCCUACAUUAUGUUCAGUUGUUCAUGGUGUAUAUAGUCAAAACUGUAAUUUCACUUUGAUUUAUUCAGCAGAUCAGAGAUAUUAACAGAAACUGAAGUUUAAUUAGGAAUGAUCAAACCAUUUGUGUGUGUGUGGUUUUUUUUUUUGUUUGUUUGUUUUUGUUUUUAACUGUCUGGUGGUGCUGUGCUUUAAGCUUAUGCAUCCAAAGCAGUCAAUGCGCAUUUGGCCGUCUGUCAUUGUGUACUGUUUAAUCAUAGUGUCAGAAUGGCUAAUCUAGUAUGCCUCAGGUUGUUUGCUGUUUAUUUUGGCCUUAUUCUGUAAUUUUGCCUACUGAAAGCCUUCAAUCAAUCUGUUUUUGUCUCCCCCGCCCUCCGAAUUUGUGUGAUUGCUUGUUGUGUGCUGAUAUCCUUUCCUAACUUUUAUCGUAUGUCUGAGAAAGAGAAUUCACUGGGAGGCAGGAAGUAUUUUUAAUAUGGGUUAAGCUGGCUGAAUAAAGCAGGAAGAGCAGGCAGUUAUUUGUUAAGGUGGGAAGGUGUGACUAAGAGUCAUGGGAUUCUGUAUAUCUGGAUUUAAUUAGAAAUAAAUGUGCUGUUGUAGUUACAGACACAUUCACAUGCAGUGUUCUUUCUGCAAUUUAACUAAUUAGGACUGCUUUGAGAAAGUGGAAUACUGGCUUAGAAGACACUCGGCACAUACAGGACUUCUGUACAUAUUAUCUGCAUCGAUGUAUGUCAAGCUAGGUAGCCGUUUCACUAAUGGAUGGCCUCAGAGCUAUAUUUGUCAUAGAUGUUAGGUGUCCUAAUUUUCCCAUUACUCCUUGAUUGUACAGCACCACUGGGAGUAUCAUCGCUGGGUCACCUUAUGGAACUUAAUUGUCGCAAUUGUAAGCCUUUAGUAGUCAUUUGUUCCAUAUGCUGGAAACUCCAAAACCAAAAUGGCAGCACAUCAGGGUAGUUGCACUGCAGUGUUUCUCAUUAACUAUAUUUGGUGCAUAAAGUAAUAUAAAGGGUUGAGAUUGUGCUUAUUAACUGGCAAGGCGAUGUCCUAGACCAGUUAUUUUCCCCCAAUGAAGGGAACCAUUUUUAGGUGAGAUGAAGCUUCACAAUAGGAUGUUCUGCUGGCGAUGACGCAAGCUUCUCCUGCUGUUGUUCAAGUGCGUGUGUGUGUGUGUGAGUGAGUGUGAACACCGGCUUAGUGACAGAUGAGCAUUGCAUUCUGAAUCGGUGAGCUCUCAGCAUCUCAGCUGGAAGGUCAUUAUGUAUCUUGUUGCAAACACAAACAGACUAUCCACAUUCUUAUGUGAGAGCCUUUUCACAUUGACGUCGACCUUCUCCCAGCUCUCUAUUUAGCUCUCUAUUUCUCUUGCUUAAUUUCUCCCCAUCUCUCUUCCAAAGAUGUUUAAUGGGCAUGGCCUUAAAGCUAGCUUUUCCACCAGAGUAGUGGUGCAUAAGCUUUGUGCUGCUGCUUAGGUGAAUGAUGGGCAUCAACUUGUGUGGCCAAGGUGAAAAGGAAAUGAUGUGUUGGUCCAGAGACUUAUGGGAAAUGAAGUUUUUGGCCACGUAAAGAGAUUUGUGGGUAAUUUGAUCAGUGCGCAUUGAGUAACUAAUGACUGAUUGUUCUUGUGGUUUUAUAUGGUCUACAACAGCUGGUACUGUGGCCAAACUGCCGUCAGCAUGGGCGCUGAUGUAUGAUUGGAUAGAAAUAAUACAUUUGACAUCAUAUUACCUGUUGGAAUCAGUUUUCUGGCCUGUAAAAAAGGGAACUGUUUAUAAAAAAUAAAAAGUCAGAAAGCAGUGUCCUGUCUUUAUGCUGUUUCAUAGUCGCAAAGGGUGUUUAAAUAUCUUUCUUCUUUCAGCAGUCAUUUUGUAUUGAUUUGUUCACUGCAAGCAGCAUUAUUGGACUUUUAGCCAACGCAUGAUUAGGUUAUAUAAUACAGGACACUUGCAGCACAGUUGGAUGAUGGUUUUAAAUAUUGCCAUCCAUAAUUGGAAGAAUCUGGAUUAGAGAAAUAAUUUUAUUAUAGGUAUAAGUGCCAAGCGCUGGGUGCUGUAUUAUAGUGCCAUCUGUUCACACUUUCAUUGCAAAGCACCUAGAUGUAAAAUCUGUGUAUUCCGCUGAUAUCUGAUCACAGCAUCACUGUGUGUCUGUCAGUUUUAUGUCUAUCUGCUGUAGUUGUGUCAGUCACUGCUCUUGAUUUAUUUAUUCAAAAAUGGGUGUGUAUUUGUGUAUAUGUAUUUAUAUAAAAUGAAUAAAGUGCCACUUGAAAUUUA